AUGUUGUUGCUUCGGCUUCAACCCAUUAAUGGAAUAUGUCGGUUCUCAGUGGGUACUUCAUUCCCAAAGGAGAAAAGACGAUUCCUUUUGAGACCACAAGCUGUUCCCUCCAGAACCCAGAGGAUAAUGGAGAGUGUUUCAGUGAGUGGAGAAGUUGGUGGUGCUGGUGGAGCGUACUCUUAUGAAGCAUUGAAAAGAUUAGACAAGCUAUGGUCAAGCAUAUGCUCCUCUCAAGAAGUUGUGCAACAGCCUCAGCAAGUUGUCUCUACCAUACCAGGCUUGUUUGGAUCAUCUGGUCUUGCUGACAAAGCAGAAGGUUCAUAUGAUGUGUUGGUGUGUGGUGGCACUCUAGGAAUCUUCGUUGCCACAGCCUUGUGUGCAAGGGGUCUUCGAGUUGCGGUUGUGGAAAGGAAUGUACUAAAAGGGAGAGAGCAAGAAUGGAAUAUAUCAAAAAAGGAGCUUUUGGAACUUGUAGAAGUUGGAGUCCUGGAAGAAGAUGACAUUGAAAGAGCCACAGCAGUGAACUUCAAUCCUAAUAGAUGUGGAUUUGAAAGGAAAGGGGAUAUCUGGGUCAACGACAUACUUAACCUCGGUGUUUCACCAGAAAAGCUUGUAGAGAUUGUAAAGAUACGGUUUAUCUCCCUUGGUGGAGUCAUUUUUGAAGGGUGCAGCGUCUCCUGCAUUAAUGUAUAUGAGGAUGCUGCAGUUCUGAAAGUUUCUGGGGACAAAAUAUUGUCAUCUCGUCUCAUAAUUGAUGCAAUGGGGAACUUCUCCCCUGUUGUAAAACAGAUAAGAGGUGGGCAAAAGCCCGAUGGUGUUUGCCUUGUUGUUGGAACAUGUGCACGUGGCUUUAAGACAAACUCCACUAGUGAUGUCAUAUUUAGCAGUUCAUCAAUAAAGAAAGUUGGGGACUCAAAAGCUCAAUUGUUUUGGGAGGCAUUUCCAGCAGGCUCGGGUCCUUUGGACCGUACUACUUAUAUGUUUACUUAUGUGGAACCUCAACCUGGAUCCCCAAAAUUGGAAGAAUUAUUAGAAGAAUACUGGGAUUUGAUGCCAGAAUACCAGGGUGUUUCACUUGAAAAUUUAGAGAUAUUACGAGUUAUUUAUGGAAUCUUUCCCACAUAUCGCAAAAGUCCGCUACCAGCUGCUUUUAAUAGAGUUUUACAGUUUGGUGAUGCAAGUGGGAUACAAUCACCUGUUUCAUUUGGUGGUUUUGGAAGUUUGACCAGGCACCUUGGGAGACUGUCAGUUGGAAUACAUGAAGCAAUCAAUGGUGAUUAUCUUGACUCAUACAAUUUGUCUUUGCUGAACCCUUACAUGCCCAACUUGAGUGCUUCAUGGUUGUUCCAAAGGGCAAUGUCAGCAAAGAAACAGUCCAAUGUUCCCUCAGAUUUUAUCAAUGAACUUCUCUAUACCAAUUUUAGUUGUAUGCAGAAGCUUGGUGAUCCGGUGCUACGACCGUUUCUACAGGAUGUUGUACAGUUUGGACCACUUUCCAAGACAUUAGGCCUGGUUCUGUUAACAAAUCCUCAAAUACUCCCAUCCAUAUUCAAACAGGUUGGUGUUCCUGUACUUCUUGAUUGGUCCAGACAUUUUCUGGGGCUUGGAUACUACACAUUUUUAUCGACCUUUGCUGAUCCUAUUGUGAGGCCACUGGUAAAUACAUUGCCAUCCAAGAUGAGUUUCCAGCUGAUGCGGCAUCUCGAGGCUUGGAAAUACGGAGCUGGUCUUGAUUAUAAGUUAUAG